GCAAGAACCGGAAGUAAAUAAACCCGUUUCCGGUUGAAAUACAAAAAGCCAUGGAGCGCCAGCCGGUUAUUCGUUUCAACGUGCCCACAUAGGUUGAUGAAGAUGGCCAUGAUGACCCCACCGAUGGAGGGGCUUCCCAGCAUGAUUGACAAGGCGCUGAGGAUGAGGAGGGAAGAGCAAGCUCGCCAGGUGGUCCUCGCUUGGGCUGUCCUUAAUGUGUCCCUGGCCGGGAUGAUAUACACUGAAAUGUCAGGGAAAUUGCUGAUCAGAUACUACAACAUCACAUACUGGCCUAUUUGGUACAUUGAACUGGUGCUGGCCUGCCUUUUUAGCCUAAAUGGUCUUUUUGAUUUCUGGAAGUAUUUCAAGUACACAAUGUCCCCCUCCAGCAUUGCUGUGUCCCCUCAACAGCAUCGCCUCCUGGGCCUGACAAACACAAGUAUCCAGGCCUCUCCUCCUCAGAAGCCGGAAAAAAAGGAGACCCCCGCUCCUGCGGAGUCGUCUCCCUUGCAGGGACAAAGCGUGCUGAGUUUCAGCCCCUCUCGUUCUGCCACCGCCAGUCCCAAAUUCUCCCCAAGCUGUGUCGCCGGCUACAGCCCUUCUCUUAGCAACUCUACCUCUCCAAACAGUGCACCAUAUUCGCCCUCUGUGGCAUAUGGCAAGGUGUUAAACUACAGUCAAUCCCCUGGCUCCCCUCCUUACCCAAGCAGCAUCGGGCCUUCAGAAAACUCCGGCUUGAGGGCUCGAUAUCGCACGUCGCCGUCUGUGUUCAACUCCCCGGGAAGCAAGGAGGAUUACAUGGAGGAUCUCAAAAGCCUGGAGCGAUUCCUGCGCACCGAAGAGGAGAAGAGUCACCGCAGCCAGCUUGGGAGUCCCGAAUCCGUGUCCCCGAGUCACACACCGACAUUUUGGAACUACAACCGCUCAGUGGGGGAUUACGCUCAAAGUCUGCGGAAGUUUCUCUACCAGCCUGCGUGCCGCUCUCAGGCACCAUCGGCCCAUAAAGAUGAGACAGACCCGGGUUCCAAGCAGGCUGCAGAGGAGGUGUGGGCUAGGAUCACAACCAGUCGAGCUGUCGUGGACCGCAUCGACGGCUGGACAGCAAAGCUUCGAAAUUGGAUCAGUGACACCAUCCUGGUCCCACUGGUCAAGGAGAUGGACUCAGUCAACAGCCAGCUCAGAAGGAUGGGCUGCCCUGAGCUCCAGAUUGGAGAGGCCAGCAUUAGCAGCUUAAAACAGGCUGCGGUGAUGAAAGCGUCAUCCAUCCCCUCCAUGAACUCCAUGGUGCAGUACCUCGACGUCACUCCCAAUCAGGAAUAUCUCGUAGAUCGCAUUAAAGAGCUGGCACACAGCGGCUGCAUGAGCUCCUUUCGCUGGAACCGUGGAGGUGAUCUCAAGACCAGGAAGUGGGACACAGACCUCCCAACAGAUUGUGCUAUCCUCAUGCACACGUUCUGUACUUACCUGGACUCCAGACUGCCCCCACACCCUAAAUAUCCAGACGGGAAGACUUUUACAUCACAGCACUUCAGCCACAUCCCAGACAAACCCGAUGUGACCAAAGAGAGCCUCUUCUGCAUCCACCAGAGCAGCACAAACCCCCCUCAUUACCAGCUCAUCUACCAGGGACACAUCUCCAGUCUGCCCAAGGGCAGGAACAACCUGUUCCACACCAUCCUCAUGUUCCUCUACGUCAUUAAAACCAAGGAGUCAGGGAUGCUGGGGCGGGUGAACCUCGGCCUCUCUGGUGUAAACAUUCUAUGGAUUUUUGAAAACUGAGCCUUCAACGUUCACAGUCACGACCAGCACAUCCAUCCAUGUGGGGAGUUCCCCCCCCUCAAUAUCUUCAUCUUCACAGGUUUGAAGACCAUUUUAAGGACUUCAGUUUCAGCGCUCAGUUCAGAAGAAUUCUCUAGAAACGAGCAGCUUUGUAAUAGCUUUGACGACACGUCAUAUAUUUUUUUAAACGCGCAAAUUCUCUUUGAGAAUGUACUGAAACAGCCUCAAUUCAGUGUGUUGUGUACUCAAGGGCUCAAAUGCAUUUGGUUGAAUGUAAAUAUAGCAUGCAUGGGCUUCCCAUGUCUUUCAUCUAACAUUUGUAGGGUUUCUAGGUGUACCAGUGCCAUUAUAAUUUACUGCGAAAGGUCAAAUGGAUGUGUGAUGACAUUUUACACUCUUGCUUGAAUAAAAGAAAUGACAUUUAAAUAAGAAAA